AUGGCGGGCCGCGGGCGGCUGCAGCGGAACGAGCGGUUCUUCGGCCAGGCGGCGGCCAGCGCCAGUGGCGACGCCGGUGCCGAGGCGAAGGUGCGGCGGGCGUUCCAGCGCUGCGCCGAGAGCGGAGUCCUCAAUCUGUCCGGCCAGAACCUCAAGGGGGAUUUACCAGCCUCGAUCUGCGGCUUCCAGGAGAGGAAUCAUGGGCUGAGAACUGGUGGGAGCAGUAUCCCGUCACCAAGAUCGACAUCUCCCACAACGAGAUCCAGCGUAUCCCGCCCGAGAUCUGCCGGCUUGCGGAGUGCGCCUCGUUCGUGGCCCUGUCGAACGCCCUGCAGGAGGCUGCCUGCCGAGCUCUUCACCGAACUGCCGCUGAAGCAGCUGAACUUUCGGCAGAACCAGCUGGUGGCCCUGCCUCCAGGCGAGGCGCUGGCUUGCGCGGAGCAGCUCGUGGAGCUGGUGCUGUCUGAGAACCAGCUCUCGUGCCUCCCGGCAGAGCUCUUCGACCUUCCCUCCCUCGAGGUCUUGGAGGUUUCAGGGAACUCUGUCGCUGGCCUGUCCGACCACGAGUGGGGCUGCUCCCGGCUGCGCCGGCUUGACCUGUCCCAGAAUGCCCUGGGCCCACGGCUGCCGUCGCGGGGCCUCCACCGCUGCAGCGUGCUGCGGGAGCUGUCGUUGGCUGGCAACACGCUGGAGGAGCUCGGAGAGACCUUCGUCCUUCCGCCGCAGCACGCCUGGCGCACCUCCCUGGUGUCCCUGGACCUGAGCGCCAACAGGCUGGGGCCGUCUUUGCGGAUUUCGGGCCUCGAAGCGCUUGACUGCCUGCAGGUAUCGUCAAACCGGAUCUCGUCGCUGGAGCUUGGUGGCAGGUUCCCCAGGCUGAGCGCCCUGGUGGCGCAGAGCAAUCAGAUAUCGGAGUUCCCAGCAGCGCUUCUUCCGGACACCGCCCCCAAUCUCGCGACGCUGGACCUCAUGAACAACGACUUGAAUUCCCUGCCGCCCGAGCUGGGCCUGAACCAGGCGCUGAAGCGGAUCCAGCUGGCAGGGAACCCCAUCAGGAGGCCCUCCCGCAGGAGCUGCUCCGGGGCAGCGCCGAGAACCUCAAGAGGUUCCUCCGCGGCCGCAUCGAGGGCGGCGAGUGCAGGUCCGAGGAGGCCGCCGCCGCGGAGGACCGCUCGGCGGUGCUGCUGCGCGCGGCGGCCGCGAGUGGCGAGCUGA